GAAUUCGCACGUGUGAAACUUCGUAAUGGGCGAGAUGACGCCAUAGUCACCGUUGUGAAGGCGCAUGGCGGGGUGAAGACCUGCACCAUAGAAAUUGAAGUGGGUAGAGAAAGUGGCUGUGUUGAAGAAAAUUUCCAAAGCAGAUCACACAGAAUUGAGCAAGAAGGUGGUGAAGGGAUUCAACUUCAGUCAAGCUAUUUCUUGGAUACUAAUGUGACCCUGCAAAAAAGGCUGUGCCCAACUUCCAUGAGAUCGGUCUUGCCACGGUACACGAGAAGGACGCGCAAACAAAGAGCUACCAGACAAGUCUGCUGUGCUUUGUGUGGUGUCAUUAAGUACACCCCACCUGUGAGAAGGAAGCUGGCCCCUCGCAGGGUUCCCAAAGUAAGCAGUGUCUGUGUGAAGGAGCAGGACAACCAGGUGUCUGGUAACUCCGAGCAUAAGCCCAGAAAGCUGGUGAUCUGGUUGAGCAGGUAUCCUAAGGUAAAGCUGUGUGACAUAGGGCGAGUAUUUGAGGUUUCACGUCACUUUUCCUGCUCUCUCCCUCCGGCCCUUUUCACCUUCAGGCAGAGGAACGGUGUGCACUGCUUCAAGAAGCAAAUCUUAGCGCUAAUGUGCCAGGAGCUCCUUGGAGAUGGGAACGUCAGCACAAGCAGUUUCUGCCAGUCACCGCACGACAAUCUCAGCGUGUUAAGCUGCGGCUCAGGGUCACUGGCAGUUGGAGCUGACUUGCCCAUUAAAUGGUCGAAUGAUAGACAAAGCACUAACACAGGACAGGAGGAUGUUACAAAAAAGAGAAAGAGACAAAUUACUGAUGAGGUGUUUCACAUAACUAACAAUGACGAAGACCUUUUUUUUUUACCAUGUGAGGUCGAUACCUGCCAAAGGGCACGGGUAUUUGUCCGGAGAAAUCGCUACCUUUGCUCACGCACAUACAUCACCUGGCCAUUUAACCGCAAUGACCCACCGCCUUGUGCGAUGUCCCCGUCAUGCAAAUCCGCUGCAGGGGUCUCUGCAUCUCCCAGGAACCCAUGUGUAUCCUCUCCGGAAUCAAGGCAAAAUAGAGAGGACAUUGAGAACAUGGUUAGAGGGCAGGUAAGAAGUGAACAAGUGGUUGUACCAUCUCUGUUGGAAGAGAGUGAGGUGAAAUCAUCAGCUGCCCAGGGCAAUCAGUUAACUUGCGUGCCUGGAAUAUUCCACCAAAGUUACUAUGACCUCACAAUCUCCAAAUCGGCACAUACAUUUUUAGCGUCAGAAAACGUAGUGUGUCCGUGGCUCAAAAGGGUCCCCGACAAGCCCAUACCAGCCGAACAAGAAACUCGGUCUCCAGCUCAGCGCCAGGAUCCUCCCUAUAGUGAGUCAUGGAGCAUUGGAGGUAGGUUGGCUGUUGACAGUCAGUCUGCCACCUCCAGUGAGGAAGACCUUUCUAUAGAGGACCGCCAGAGAGACAAAAGUGAAAAUGAUGAAGAGGUUGAGGAUGGUGAUGGAGACACGUUUGACGGCAGUGAUAUUAUGUGUGAUAUGCUGGACCCCGUAUUUUCACCAUGCCAUGAAGCAUCUUCUGUUGCUGACAACACAGUGAAUGAGCUCCAAGUACAUGAGCAGGAUGCCAUUGUGUUGGAUGUAAUAGAUGAUGACCCAGAUCUCUUUGGGUCCAUGAUGACUGAGAUAAAGCAAAAACCAGUCCAGACCCAGUUAAGUAUAGAAAAAAGGGCUACUCACUUCACAAAGCCAGCCAACAGCACUAAAGAGAAACUUUCUGACACUGACAGAUAUGUUGGAGAGCCAACUGUCAAUGCAGAGGUGAAAAAUAGUCUUCAGUGUGAGGCCAGCACUGCAACAUUCAUAAUAAAGGAAGCCCCGGAUUACACCUCAACAAGAAGGGUGCCAUUGUUGCCUGGCAGCAGCUGGACUCAGGUUGGGGACAUGUUUAUUUUGCAAGAGAAUGAGAUUGAUGGCGAUGAUAAGUCUGAGGAUUGGAACUCCGGCUGGAACUCCUGGAGGAAUUCGCCCUCAAACCUAAAGCAGAACACAUGCAACACAGAUAAUUUCACACUUAUGAAGAAUGGAGGUCCAUCUAGACCUGCAACCUAUGGCACUUACUGUAAAUAUUACUUCAGUGAGAAUCACUCCUGUUUGAGGAAUACCUGCAGUUUCCUGCAUGUGCCCCGGAGUGGGGAUGAAAAGUUCUGCAUGGCCACAGUGCAGAGGUUUACUGUGUCGACCAACCCGGUGUAUGUCAAGCGAGCUGUUGACGUGUUUACAGGCUACUAUAAGAUGUGUUCUCCAGGCUUGUGUUUCAAUGUUGAGGUGGUGACCGGACUUCUGGCUUCGCUAAUCAGACUGGGCUUCCUGUCUGACACAUUCGUUGCACUCAACUUGCUACUCGGACAUAAUAUACGGCCCCCAGCUGAAUGUGUGUUGGCAGUUUUUGAGCAUGCUUGCAAGAGAAAGUUUAACAAAACUGUGCCCCAACUUAUAUACCUGAUUUCCAAGGUGGUCGAGAAUGGUUGUGUGUUUUCUGUGGAUCAGUGUGAAAGGCUGCAGAAAUGUCUCGAGUGUUUGAAUGCCCCUCAAUCACAAAUGGAUGUAUUCAUCGCGGUCAAAUGCAGGGCGCUGGCUAACAUCUGUGUGUCCCCUGAGAUGUUUAACGUAGCACAUGCCUUUAUCGAUUUGGAGCUUUGUAAAAAGCAGGAGGACUGGAAACAGAUGGCGGCGGUGUUUCUGCGUGUGUGUGCGAGCCCCUGCACCACCAGCCACCUGCUCAAGUUCUGUGUGUCUGUGGCCACUGCACUGCUGGUGGAGUCAUCUCAGUCGCGCACCCCUCCCUACAGCGGCUUUGCUGAAGCAGCGGUCACUCAGGUGUCAGAUGAAGGACUGGACCGGAACUUCUUGGGCAGAAUUGGAAUCUCCGUGCUGAUCCACUAUCACAGGACACAGCAGUGGAGCAAGGGACAGAAGAUUGUAGAAAUAUUGUCUCAGCAACAGCCAUGUUACUCUGUGAUGAAGGGGGUUUUUAGUAACGAGGAUACCACCUCACGUUGUUCCCUCAUAACCAUGGCAACAGAACUUCACCUGCAUUCUGGUAGCAUGGAGGGAGCCCUGAAUGUCCUGAAGGAGAACAACUGGUUUGUGAGCUGCAGCAAGUGGCCGUGUGAGCGUGGGGAUGUGAUGCACCGCGUUGCUGUCCAGACGCGACUGGCCCAGUGCACCUCUCACAGGGACGCGCUGGAGGUCCUCAUGCACCUCCCGGGCCUACAGCCACUUGACGAUUCGACUGAUGUGGGUGAAUACACAGGCCUGUUCAAUUCCCUGCUGAGGUCGUGUUUGGAGCGGAGUGCCUUGCUCGUUGCCGCGGAUACGCUGGAGUUCAUGCUGGGCAAUGGACUGCAUGCGGAGCUGUUGCUGGUCCAGAACCUCAUCUGUGACCUCGGCAAGCGCAACCGCUGGAAUCGUGCCCGAAUACUUUUCCAACGUGCCCUGAAAGUGGGGUACUACCCCUUGGUGGAGGUGGUACCAGGUUCCCUGGUUCUGGAGUUGCCGAGCUCUCUGAACGAGGUGGAGAUGGCCGUAUGUCUCGAGAUGUUCAUGUGCCGCAACAUCCCUCACUCUCCCGAUAUCCCCAACAUCAGUCCUGCUCCAGUGGUUACCCUGAAAAGGGCUUCAAACAACGGUUCUGUUCCUGAGAGUGAAUACUUGUCGGCUGGCUGCCGGCUGCUCUCCUCAGCCCAGCUCCCUAACCCCAAACUCCGACUGAGCUACACCACUGUCAAUCCACAGCAGGAGCAGGUGUACACCAUCGAGCCAGGCUCCGCCCACAACUGGCUCAGCUACAAUCAUAGCUGGGCCCACAGGUUGUGGUCUGUGUGAUCGUACGAUCGGACAUGCAUGUACAUACUCCACCCAUCAUGCACUUCAAGAUGACAUGCUCAAAUGUAUAGAAUAGAGGUUCAUUUUCUUAUUGUAAGAACAAAUUUUAGUUUGUUUGCUGUUUUUUAAUUGUUUUAUUGUUUUACUGAUAUCAAGUUGCAUUGUUUAUUAACUGCUGUUAAGUUAUGUUAAUAAUAUUUACUUUUAAUGUUAAGUGUCUGUUAAUAAUUUCUUUCAUGGUUAUCUUUGUUAAACAAAUUGUGAAAUUUUGCAACUUUUUUUUUUUUAUACCAACCUGUUCAGUUAUCAAGCCGGCCAGCCAUAUCUACUGGAGUUGGAACUGUUUUAAGACCACCAGAAAGCUGGUCUGAUUAGCCCUAUAUUGUUUUUUUGUGUUUGGGCCAAGUAAAUAAUAAAUAAACAGCAUUUCUUGGAUGAUCUGGCUAAAGAAUGAA